CAUUCGAUUCGAUUCGGCGGAGCAGGAGUGCGGAAGGAGGUGCAGGCGCAGCUUCUGGCCGGGAUCGGGCAGGGAUCGAGGAGCACUCGAGACCGCUCGCAAGGUCGCACAGUCCCAACGUAACGACGACACGUAACGGAGCGCGGUUCAAGGACACGCGGCUCAGACUCCUCGCUGCGAGUCGCAGGCAACGCAAAGGCCGCUGUGUUCGGGCGCUAGGCAAGCCGAAGCCUCCGUCCCCAGGCAGCUGGAAGCUCCAGUCGGCCCAGUGGUCCACCAGCCUACGCGCCCCCCACGUCCACGCCCACGCUAGGCGGCGACUCCAGCGCCAGAUGGCCGUCAAGCAGAACAACAGCGAGGCGGGCGACGCCUCGGAGAGCUCGGGAGGAUCAGGAGGCGGUGGUUUGCCGCCCAGCGCCAAGCCCUCCUCCGCCCAGCUGCCCGACGAGAACGGAGCGCCCGAGGGCCUGGGAGCGGUGAAUUCGCCCGCCGGCGAGAGUUUGAACUCCAGUCGAGCUGGCAAGCGGGAUAUAAAGACCCUGUUGGCCCACCUCCAUAGCCUGGACGGCCUGCCGGAGCAGGGCCACAAUGUGAUGGCCAUCUGUGAGCGGGCCAUUGUGGAUCUGGCCCGUCUGCAGAUCCCCCGCGAACGGGCCUCCUGUCCGCGCCUCAAGGAGGACGUGCUGCAGGUGGGCGCCUUCCUGGCCACGCGCAACGAGAAGUUCCACCAGAUGUUCUACCUGCGCGUCGUCUACGAGCUGAUCACCAAGCACUCGUACGAGCCGCCGCCCUUCUGCGCCGUGGCCAUCGUCUUUCAGCUGUUCAACUCCGAUCAGAUCCUCGAGGCGGUGCACUCGCUGCUGGAGCAGAAUGUGCAGGACUCGAGCAUCCGAAAGACGGUGAAUCUGCUGUGCGAUUGGAUCACCUACUGCACCUUCUGCAGCAACCUCAAUCUCUGGGUGCUGGCGCUCCUGGACGGACUGCGCGAUCAGGGCAAGCGGGCGCUGCUCGACGAGAUUGCGCUGGACAACAUUGAGAAGCUGUUCCAUGUGAUGAUCUUCCCGGCGCUGCGACAGAAGGCCGCCCCGGUGGUCUUCCGCAUGCUGACGACGAUCAAUCAGACGCCCGAGGUUUUUCACAAGAUCUUGCCACGCAUCCCUCUGGUGCUGCAGUACAUGAAGAGUCAGUCGUCCACCAUGGACGAGAUUGGCCUGGAGACGCGCAAUUGUCUGCAGCAGCUGGUGGACUUGACCAGCGCCCUCAUGCUGCGCUUCUACGAUCAGGAUGACCUCUAUGUGGCCGCCAAGAAGGCGCUGCAGUCGUACGAGCCCUCGCCGAACUGCGUGGCUCUGGCGCGAGCCAUGCACGAGAAUGCCCAGCCGUGGGGUCGGCGGAACGCGAGGGUCGGACUAGUUAACCUGGGAAAUACCUGCUACAUGAAUAGCGUUCUUCAGGCUUUGGCCAUGACCAGCGACUUCAGCAGGCAGCUCCUGCUCAUCGAGUGCGACUCGCCGCUGCUCAUGAAGAUGCAGCAGCAGAUCGCCCUGAUGCACCACUCGCUGCGCUACGAACUGACGCCUUCGCGAGUGCUGAAUGCCACCCGACCGCCCGGUUUUACACCCGGCCUUCAACAGGACAGCUCCGAGUUCCUAGGAUAUCUGCUCGACCUGCUGCACGAGCACGAGAUCAACAGCGCCUCAUCGGCUGCUCGCAAUGCGGCUUCUCCGAAGGCCAGCGAUGAUGUGCCCGCCCUGCUGAGCGAGGAGAUAGUGAGCAGCGGCGUCAUCCCAUACAACAGCAAGGAUCGCGAGCUCAAGCCCACUCCCACGCCACCCGCAACACCCACCAAAGGCACAAACUGCUCGGGACAGCCGGCCAAUCCAGCGAAGCCUCCCUCCACCAUCGACAAGACCUUCGCCGGGAAGCUGUCCACCACCUACCGAUGUCUGUGCUGCGGCUGGGAGAGCCGCAACGAGGACAGCUUCCGGGAGCUGCAGCUGUCCUUUCCCGACGACAAGGACGAUUGCGGGGCCACCAACUACUCGGUGCAGGACCUGAUCGAGUACUACUGCUCGCCGGAGAAGCUGGACGGUGACAAUCAGUACUUUUGUCCGCAGUGCAAGAAGCUGUGCGAUGCGGAGCGGCACAUCGGGGUGACCCAGGCGCCCAGGAACCUGAUUCUCACGCUCAAGCAGUUCAAGUACGAUCAGAAGUACCACUUUCGCACUAAGCUGAUGCAUAAGGUGUUUCACGAUGAGAGUGUCACUGUAAAGAUGUCGGCCACGGAGAUGUCUACGGUGCACUAUGAUCUGUAUGCCGGAGUUGUGCACGCCGGCUACAGCAUGGAUUCGGGUCACUACUUUACGUUUGCCGCUGAUCAAACGAAGAACUGGUACAAGUUCAACGACAACUUGGUUACCCACUCGAAGCCCGAGGAGAUGCACAACUUGACUUCGCCUAAUACGCCGUACAUUCUGUUCUACAAGAUGUGCGGCCGCUCCAACGAGUCGAACGGCGAAUCGGCCAGCUGCAGCAGUUCGAGCCUGGUGUCGGGAACGAGCCAGCAGGUGGUCACAGUGCCUCUGUCACCCCCACUAACCCUAGAGGAAUUGCCGCGCCAGCUGCGCGACUACGUGAAGAAGGACAACCAUGUCUACAACGAGGAGUUGAAGAUGCAGCGCUUCAAGCGCGGCAGCGGCGGUCACGGCAAUGGAUUCGCCAGCCGUUACACCUUCGGCGGCGACGGCGACGAGGACGAUCAGGCGCCACCGCCGUCCGGAGGAUGCGGCGGCAACGGACUGGGCAUGAACAUCAACCGCUUCGUCUUCUGAGGAGCAAGCGGGAGCAAGGGAAGCGAGCACUCCGGAGGCCACUAGAACAUAUAUUUGUCUACUUUAUAAAACACGCGCAUACUAAUCUAAAUGUUACAUAUAUAUAUAUAUAGCCAGUGCAUAAUCAAUCGAGAUAUAUAUACGGCUGCGUAUAUCGAGUGUGUGAGAAUAGCUGGCUGCUGCGCUCGUUCACUAGCUCUUCCUGUUGUUGCCCAUCUUUAUCCUCUCCUAGAUCCAUGCUCCUCCUUCCCAAUCCCAAAACAUCAACAUACUCAUCCUCUCAUAAAAACGCAAACUAUCAAUGUAUUUCCAUUUACAAAAUUGUUAUGAUUUUUUUGUUUUUGUUAACACAAACCUAGUUGUAGAACGAGCAUAUAUGCGUAAACGUACAUAUAUAUAAUUAUAACGAUUAAAAGCAUCAGAAUUAGCCAGAGCAGAGAGCGAUAUACUCGAAUCCGAUUCAGCCGAUCUAAGAAGACCACUUACUUCCAAAGCAGUAAAUCAGAAAUGAAAGCACCUUAGUUCUUAACACAACACUCUCAACAGCUCGGAGUAAAAUCAUAUCUCGAGUUGCAAUCGAACUAGCAAGAAGCUACAAAUGACUUGUAUAAAUAGUUGCCGAGAGCGAAAUCGAAAUCGGGCUAUAACCCUAUAACUCGGAUCGUACCAUUAGUUUUCCUGUUAAUUUUGUGAAUUUUAAAAACAUUUGCCAAUGUGCGACACGAAUUUGUAAUUGAUAUAUAAAUGUAUCUCUUUGGAUCUGGUGAGCAGAGGUUGCGAUGAUUUUUGAAUGUUAUUGCAAUUAAAUUGGAAUAAUUUCAAAGAAAUUUGUAUAUGGUGUAUGUCUAUUGAUAACCAAAAUCUAUACUAUGCUAUGCUAUAAGUGUAUCAAUAAAGAAAAGAACAAGCCCAAAAA